AUGCAAGAUCCAACAAAACAUUCUUAUGUAGUUACAGAUGGUUUAUUAUAUAAAUUGGUAUUAAUGAAUGUUGCUAGUAAUAAUAAGAAGAAAGUCAUUUAUUUACCUUCAGCCAUAAUCAAUUCCCUCCUGCACUCAUACCACAAUGAUUCACUUAGUGGUCAUUUUGGCAUUCAGCGAACAUAUUUAAAAAAAUUAAAAAAUAAAUUCUGGUGGCCAAAUAUGAAACAAUCAAUUAUUCAACAUAUUCAAUCUUGUUUAUCUUGUCAACAGCAUAAUAUUAGUCAUACAAAGAAACCAGGUCAAUUUAAUCCAAUUCCAACUCCAGACGGACCAUUUCAAUUAAUAGGUAUUGAUUAUUGUGAUCCGUUCAAACCAACAUCCCAUGCUUUACCUGAUUGUUCAGUACAAACCACGGCUCAAACAUUAUUUAAUAAUUAUAUUUGUCAAUAUGAUGUACCAUUAGCUAUAUUAUCAGAUCAAGGUACUCAUUUUAAAAAUCAACUUAUGGAAUUCAUAGCAAAAUUAAUUGGUUACAAUCAUAUUUUUUCAAGUGUUUAUCAUUCACAAAGUAAUGAGAUGAUUGAACGUUUUAAUGCGACAUUCAUUCCUCAAACUUUCAAACUUC